AUGGAUCUUUCCAAGCCCGUUGACCGUGCCUUUACCCGAGCCCUUCCCAAAGUUGAGCUCCACGCCCACCUGAGCGGCAGCAUAAGCCGACAAUGUCUCCACGAGAUCUGGCAACGAAAGAAAGCCCAAGAACCAGAGACCUUCACCAUUGAAGAUCCCCUCGUUGUGAUGCCACCGGGGAAAGUGGAUUAUUCUCUGCACACAUUUUUCACAACCUUCUCCACCAUGAUCUACCACCUCCUCACCACCCUCACGGACAUCCGGUAUGCCACGUACUCGACGCUAACCGAUUUCGCCGCGGAUGGAGUCACGUACUUGGAGCUACGCACUAUCCCGCGGGCGUCGCCGGGACAUCAGAAUUUCACGCGAGAAGAGUAUCUAAUUACGGUGCUGGAGACGAUUGCCGAGUUUGAUCGCCGUCAGAGGGGAUCACCCCUUGAAACACAAAUGACUACUAACCUUAUCCUUGCGAUCGAUCGUGGGGGUAUGACCGCUCAGGAGGCGAUGGAAGUUGUCGAGUUGGCAAUCAACAACCGCAGGAAAUGCGUGGUCGUCGGCGUCGACAUAUGCGGCAAUCCGACCAAAGGCGACAUCAGUAUCUAUGGACCGGCAAUUCAGAAAGCAAAGGACGCCGGCUUGGGCGUGACGUUGCAUUUUGCGGAGGCCCAGCAGCAGCCGCAGGCAGACGAGCUGAUGACGCUCCUAGACUUCGAGCCGGAUCGCCUGGGCCAUGUGAUCCACGUGCCAGGCCAGGUUAAAGAGAAGAUUAAAAAGAGGCGGUUGGCGUUGGAGCUGUGUUUGUCGUGUAAUGUGCAUGCCGGCAUGGUGAAUGGGGGCUUUGCGGAGCAUCAUUUUGGGGAGUGGUGGGGAGAGAAGGAUGGGGCUGUGGUUGUGCUUUGUACCGACGAUGUUGGGUUCUUCUGUAGCCCUGUGUCUAACGAGUAUCUCCUCGCCGCGGAGCAUUUUCAUCUCAGUCGGGCUGAUAUGUUGAGUCUCUGCAGGAAAUCAUACCGCGUGAUCUUUGGGGACUCGAGAGAGAAGGAGCGCCUGGACCGGCUUCUAGAUGACUUUGAGGCGAACAACUACAAGCGAUAA